AUGUCGGCGCGGUUUUCGGUUCAACCCAUCGGCCGCUUUGCUGGUGCAAGUCAGCCUGUCAAAAGACCAAAGGAGUUUGCCUGCUUCUCAUACGACGACAACCAUGAGUUUCACCUAGACGAUUCAUCUCUCAAGUACUAUUACACACCACAGCUUGGGGCUGACCUCUCCAAAGGCUUUGACACAUUUCAGAAGUUGGACGAUACUGGAGACGACCACCUUGACAGUCUCCUCAAGACUAUCGCUGCACACGAACAAGAAACGGGCAAGAAGAUUGACGCUAACGUUGUCACAUGGAGAGGCAUGAUGACAAAGAUUAUGGCCGCACCCUUCGACCAGAUGGAUGGCUUCGAGAUGAAUGCCACUUUGUAUCAAUCGAGCACGCAGGAUUGCAUCUUCAUCGAGGAGAACAACGCCUACAAGAUCGCUUCCAGAUCAAAUGAGGGAAACAACAAACGAAGAAGAGGACCACCGUUAGAAGUCAUGCAGUUUUGGGGAUACAAGUUUGAAACGUUGUCGACUCUGCCGGCGCCGUGGGCAGAAACAUCCCGCGAGUUCAUCGAAAAUCGAGAGAACGAAGUCGUCAAUAAUAAAGCUCAAUAUUGUUCUGUCGUCCGCACGGGUAUCGGCAAAUCUGUUCUAUGUCUUGGUGGCGAAGUUGAUGCCAUCUGGGAUUCCAAACCUGAAGAGAAGGGCGGCCCCAUCAACUGGGUUGAACUCAAGACAUCAGCCGAGAUUCGCAAUCCGGGCGGCAUGGAGAACUUCAAACGUAAGCUUAUGAAGUACUGGAUACAGUCAUUCCUUCUCGGUGUGCCACGCAUUGUUGUCGGUUUUCGCACGCAGGAUGGUAUUCUGGUGGAGGCGAGGGAGAUGGAAACGCAUCGUAUUCCCGAUAUGGUCAAUGCCGAUCCAAAUCCCAAAUGGAACGCCGAUAUGUGUGUCAACUUUGCCGCUACUUUCUUAGAGUGGCUAACAGAGAACAUAAACGAUGAGGGCGUUUGGAGAAUAAGACGCGAGCCUCAGUCACCAACAAUCGAGCUAUUCAAGGUGGAGGAGACAGGUCACGGCGAUAUCUUGUCUGAUGAGUUCAAGAAUUGGAGAAUUAAGUUGGCUCUUGGGCCUAGCGAUGCUUCCUAA